CGGAAGUGACUCAAAAGCGCUUCAUGCUGCAGAAUAAUGCACUUAUUACCGCUUUACAAAAUGUCUUAAAAUCCCAUGUUUUACUAAAUGCAUAUUAGUUUCUCACGCUGCUCGCUCAAAUACCUUCGUGAGUUAUUAAGCCUUUAUCGCCGCAGUCAUUUUUUUUUUUUACUUUGGUCAUGUUUUCAGCGGGAUUUCUACACGUUUGGACUUAAGAUGGACUGAAAAACACAAGGCGACAUAAUUCGAUAGCGUAAAUUGAGUUAAAUCGGGUUAAGAACCCACGGAAUCAAAUAUUAAAACGUUUUAAGCGUUGAAGGGACAGAAGUCUCUUAAGUGCGGUGCGCGAGAUUAAACUCGUUUGAAGGGAUGGACCAAUAUGAAUCAUAAAAAGAGUCUAUUUAUUGAAGCUCUGGAUAAAUGUGAGGACAGGAGAGAUGGAGGCUUUAAGCAGUCCUGGAGGUGUUCCCUCUCAGAUGAUAGUGAAGACGACAGCAGACACGACGCCGCCCUUGUGACCAUGGAGCGAGUGAGUGGCCAGCAGGAGCUUUCCUCCGAGGGAAUGAAGACUCCAUCCAUGAAGCGCUUCAGUGCUAAUGGUUCUAUGGAGACUCAUGAACGACGUCCAAAUCAAUUAAGGCCACUCAACAGAACCGGCAAACUUAGUGAAGCAACUCAUUCAGUGAGUGUAUCUCCGCUCCCCAAUCGAACCAGCUAUCUGAUAAUGAGUCCAGCACCAUCCCAAGGAGUCAUGGUUCAGGGGCGGCUCUUCCAGCACGCACAGUUCACUGCUCCCAUCAGAAAGCUGGAGCAAAGAUCUGAUAUGAUCCAAAGAGUUGAGCUGGAUAGCAUUCUUCUCACCUGCCCCGAGAUUACAGAGUCAGAAGACAUCAGUGUUAAGAGGCGAGCCCAUCAGAAACGGCGGCCAAUAAACGAUAGUCCUGUUCCUGUGGGCAAACCAUCUGAGCAGUCCCUUCAGCCUGACGAUUACCUCACAGUUUGUGGUAAAUGUAGCCAGCCGAGUGAGGACCAUGUUAAAUGUGACAACUGUGGAUAUAUCCUACCUGCUGAGACUCUGCCCCUUCCUGCUGUCGCAUCAGCGCUGCCCCCUCGGCCCUCCAUCCGCUCGCAGCCGUCGCCUGCGCCGCCCAACCUUCAGAUACGAUCCUCUGGGGGCUGCUCCCAACAGAUAGAUGUUGUAAUGAGUCCGUCGGUGCGGAUCACCCAUGGCAGUAUGCUGCUUCCUCACCAUGGAAGACUCGUCGUCACUUCUGCAGGCUCGGUGUGUAACGGAUUCAAGCAAGCCGGCGGCAAAAAGCAUCAGAUCACCAAACCAUGUGAAUUAAACGACCCGAUUGUGCUGUCCAGCGACGAGGAUGAAGACAGUGAUGAUGUCAGCAGUAGCGGGACCGGGAACCGUCUGGACAGCGUGUCCCCGCGGCCCGCCGACUCUGCCCACUCGUCUCCCGCUCCCUCCGGUGGUCGGGUGGAAGCGGCCGUUAAAGCGGCUGGCGAACACGAGGACCCUGGCAGCGACUUUUUCACACAGACAAGCCAGAGAAACCCCGUGCCCAGAAGGAAAAACAUGAGAGAUCCAUUUGGGAACCCUGUGUAUGAAGAUCCAUCUCCCAAGAAGAGGAAAAUGGGUCAGAUGAUAAAGCUGAGCAGUAUUAUUCUGGAGUGCAGGAGUGUAAGGAUAGGCACUCUGCGCAGGAUGGUCACCAAACCUGUUGUGUUCACGGUGGAAAACAUACAGCUGGAGACAGAAGGUCCUGAUUUGAACGUGUUGGAGAGCGUUUUCUUGCGGUCGUCGGAGCUGACCAGAUGUGAGUGGUGUACGGUCAGGAAGCUGCCGGUCCUGUUUCUGCAGACCACCGAGGACGAGUGCCAGCGAUUACAGACUCAGCUGCAGAUGUCUCAGGACGAGGGAGGAAUAUGGUACGACUGCAGUGGCAACAAUGAUGAGAAGUAUAUUGUAUUGAUUUUCGAGAGCGGCCCCUCAUUGCAAGAGCAGAUGAUUCUGGAGGACAUCCUUGCUGAAAUCGGCAGAAACAACAAUCUGUCAGAUUUCCCCAAAAAGAUCAAUUUUGAUGAGGCCAACGUUCGACUGGUGGAGUACAACAAAGCCUCCAAAGAAAAAGAAAAGGUUAAAGACGUGAGAGCUGUAGUAUCAGCAACACCUUCAUCUUCAACCCUGUCAGCCUCAGCAUCCUUUUCGGUGGUGACUGUUACCGUGGCAACAGUCAAUACAGCCCCAGCAGCCUCCGUCACUUGUGCAGCGACGAGCGUCCGAACGCGCAUGUCUGCUCGGCUCCAAGAGUACUGUGAAGAGGACGACGAGAUGUCAGAGCUCCAGCCGACCUUCACUGGUCCUAUCAUAAAGUUGUUGGUUUACCCCCCACCGCCUGCUAAAGGAGGAAUCUCUGUAACCAAUGAGGACCUCCACUGUCUGAACGACGGAGAGUUUCUCAACGACGUCAUCAUCGACUUCUAUUUAAAAUAUCUGUUUUUGGAGAAGUUGAAGAAGGAAGAUGCUGGCCGCAGUCACGUGUUUAGCUCGUUCUUCUACAAGAGACUCAAUCAGAGAGAACGGAGAAACGCGGUCGACACGUCCAACUUACCCAUACAGAAGAGGAAACACAACAGAGUGAAGACAUGGACACGUCACGUGGAUCUCUUCCAGAAAGACUUCAUCUUCGUGCCCAUCAAUGAGUCUGCACACUGGUAUCUCGCCAUUAUCUGUUUUCCGGGUCUGGAGAAGGCUCACGUUGAGGCGAACCCGCUGUACCACGCUCAAACUCAAGCCCAUAGCACCGCUGCCUCCACCGAUGGAGGUUCAGAGGAGCUGGACGACGUCAGGCAACACACGGCCGUCCCGCACAGACCGCAGCAGUACACGGAUGGUUUAUACCGAAUAAUCGAGUGUUAUGGGACAGAGGACUCUCAUAACUCGGAUGACCAAAGCUCAUGUCAGGACGAGUGUAGUGAAGAUGACAGUUUGGUCGAUGACUCUGGGAGCUUUGAAAAAGCAGAGUUGACGUCCAAACCCACCGUCUGCAAACAGCCUUGUAUUCUGAUCAUGGACUCUCUGCGUGGACCAACCAGGUCUACUGUGGUGAAAACAUUACGAGAGUAUCUAGAGGUGGAGUGGGAGGUGAAGAAAGGCUCCAAGAGGAGUUUUGGGAAGGACGUGAUGAAGGGCUCGAGUCCGCGAGUGCCGCAGCAGGAUAACUUCAGUGACUGUGGAGUUUAUGUGCUGCAGUACGUGGAGAGCUUCUUUGAGAAACCUCUUCCAAGCUUUCACCUCCCAAUGAAUCUGUUGGAUUGGUUCCCGCAGCAGCGGAUGAAAACCAAGCGGGACGAGAUCAAGGAUCUGAUUCUGAAGCUUCAGACUCAGCAGCAGCUCAAUCUGGAGAGCUCUGAGCAGACCGACGGCUGUCAAAGCCCCUGCGAGGAUACCUUGGAGUCGGCCGAUCUCAUCCCUCCAAUCAGCUCCUGAGCUCCGCCCACGCCGCCAUGCUUUCACCAUCACAUGACUUAUAAACACUGAAAGCCAAUCAUGGCCUUGUGUGAUUGUACGCUGCUGGACAACUCUGCCGUUAUUUCUAAUGACCUUCUUAUAGUUUUGAUGAUAUGAAAUUUAAAAAGAGUGUCUUUUUUUGUUUGUUUUUUUUAUUUGUAUCGAAUAAACUGUGUACAUAAGCUAGGCUUUUUUCUUUUACUUUGC